AUGAGGCUUAUCGACAGUCUCUGUGAGACCCUCACGAGAGCACUUGGUCUGUUGACCAUCUCUCCAUGGAACCAGGAUACAAGGCUGCAGCAACCUGUAGGUCCGUCUCAGGUGCAAGAGCCACAUCAGGCACUGGAAACACUCUUUCCAAGCACCAAGCCCUUAAAUUCGCAAGAAGGCGGUAUCUCUCUGCAGUACGAGAAGCUCCCUGUCGGCGACCCACCCAAGGUCAUCCUGCCCGAUGGCCCUAUAUUUGCUCCGCCAAAUGCUAGACCCGGCUUCGUCUGCAAUUAUACAGCGAUGAAAGGAUGGCGACAUACUGCAGGCGUUGGAAUGCGUAAUGCCUGGCUGGAAAAGCCCAUUGGUGACGAGGAUGCUACUGGUGGAAUCUACAACAUUUUCACCAAUUACGAUCGAUUUGCACCUAUUGGAACGGUUCGCAAGUACCAUCUGAAUGUCACGGAUCAAGUCAUCAACGCCGAUGGCAUUAUCCGUAAUGAUGGUGGUAAAGUUUUCAACGGUCAAUACCCAGGGCCGUGGAUCGAGGCUUGCUGGGGUGACUGGGUAGAAAUCACUGUCGAGAAUCAUCUACAAUAUAACGGCACAACCGUUCACUGGCAUGGAGUCCGAAUGCUCAAUGCUUUUGAACAUGACGGAGUCAAUGCGAUUACACAAUGUCCCAUCGCCCCCGGAGAUCAAUUUACGUAUAAGUUCCGAGUGACUCAGUACGGCACAUCAUGGUACCACAGUCAUUACUCACUUCAGUAUGCAGACGGUCUUGCUGGACCAAUAACUUUUCAUGGACCUAGCUCUGCCGACUACGAUGUUGCUCUAGAGCCAUUUCUGUUUAGUGACUGGAGUCAUAACAGCGCAUUUGAGGACUACGGACUUGAGCUCCGCAAACCCCCCGUCGCUAUGAAAACGGUCAUACUUAAUGGGAAAGGAUUCUACAAUUGUAGUAACAACCCUAAUCCCGACUGCGAGGCUCUGAAAAUUGACCCACCUUCAAUCUUUGAGCAAGUGUUUGAGAGGGGCCGAAAAUAUCUUCUACGACUGAUCAACACUUCGACUGCCUCCACUUUCAUCUUCUCCAUUGACAAGCAUAUACUUCAAGUGGUUGCUAUGGACUUCGUAGCUAUUGAACCUUACUACGCAGACUCGAUCUUGGUUGGGAUAGGACAACGCUACCACGUCAUCGUUGAGGCCAGACCAUCAAACGAUCUCAUUCCAGUAGAAGACCAAAAUUAUUGGAUUCGAAUUACAGGCGCCAAUGGCUGCUUCGACGUGGAGCCCAAUCAAGCCAAUGAAAAGCUCGGAAUCAUCCGAUACAAUUCAGGCAGCACAAAGACCCCUACAUCGACACGUUACAAUUUUAACACAGAUUGCGCCGACGAGCCAUAUGAAAGCCUAGUUCCGGUGGUGCCAAUGGAUGUGACGGCACGUGAUCGUCCAGCGAACGACAUCCACCAAGACACGGGCGACAACUUUGAAGUCGGCAUUGAGCUUCCCGAUGAGAACUAUACAGUCCCACACGGAAACUUCACACGCUGGGAUAUCCUCGAUACGCCUAUGUGGCUCAAUUUCUCCGACCCAACCAUCGACCAUAUCGGUGACUACGCGUGGGGUACUAACGAAACAGCGAUGAUCACCGAAAACUUCUCAAAAGACGAAUGGGUCUACAUUAUCAUAACCGGUCAGGGCACGCCGAAGCAAGUCUCCGAGGGCAAACGAGAAUUUCUCCCCGUCGCGCACCCCAUGCAUCUGCAUGGGCAUGACUUUGUUCUUCUUUCUCAGCAGACGCGACCCUUCCAUCCCGACGACCUAACAAAUGGCACUUUCAAGUACGAUAAUCCCCCCCGCCGUGAUGUCGCCUUGUUGCCCAGGAAUGGGUAUAUGGCGAUCGGGUUCAGGGUUGACAACCCGGGGAUCUGGAUCUUGCAUUGUCAUAUCGCUUGGCACGCCUCGUCUGGGCUUGCGCUGCAAAUCAGGGAGAACGAACACGAAAUCCAACUCACCCCGCAGUUCGUAAAAGAGAAGGAUAGGGUGUGUGAGAAUUGGAAAACGUGGUUUGCCAACGAGUCGAACUGGUGGACUGCGCACGAAUUUCAGGAGGAUUCUGGUAUUUGA